GGGGGAGCGACCUUUGACAGAUGGAGCCUGCUGCGGCUGCAGCGGCGGCUGCCGUGCCCGGCCCACCGAGCUCUCCGCCGCGCAAGCGCUCUCCUCCUCCCGAUGACAUUGGAAUGAUGGUCGCCCAGACCGCGGGCGACCUGCCGCGUGGAAAACGCGCACGCGCCUCCGCCCCGAUGUCCACCGGCGAUCUGGGUGCCGGGCCGGGUGCCGUCACUCCGGCUGGGACUGCCUUUCUGGCCCCCGCGGUCGCCGGGAUCCUGGAUUUGCAGGUGGCCGGCCGAGUUGCCGGCCCGACGCGCCACUCCCUGGUGCCGGUCUUCGAUGCGAUCUUGCGCCACCUCUGUCCGCCGGGCGACCUGCCCGAUGAUGACACCUUCGAUGUGGUGCACAUUGCGCGCCAUCCGGCGGUCGCGGCUGAUGUGCUGCUGCUCGCCGGGUCGCGGGUGGUUUUCUUGCCGGACGAUGCGGCCGGCCAGACUGGCCCUCCUUUGGCGAGGGUGGCCCUCCAUGCGCCGGUGCACUUUGUCCCGGGCCCAGGCGGGCACCCGCGGGCCGUGUGCUGCCUGUCGCCGGACUCCAAUACGCUGUUCGUGGCCGACGUGGAGGGUGGUCUGCAUGCGAUCGAUCUGUCCGAGCGCAGGCUCCUCAGCAGCCGGCCCCCCCGGGAAGCGGGGCCCAUCGCCUCAUUGCACUUUCUCUCCCCGACCGCCUUGCUGGCGCUGAUCAGCAGCCCGGAGGCUGUCCAGGCGUGCUUCCUGCUGAUGCCCGAUACAGCGAGCCCGCUGGCAUCUGCUCUUGAGCACGCCUCGGAGGCUCGAUUUACACUCCUCCAUGUGCCGGCCACGCUCCCACUGGCCGCCGCCAUCCUUCCCCUGGGCAUGCAUGAAGAUGGCGCGCGGCUUGUCCUGAACCAGCACCCCACGGCCCCGGGGCUGCUGACCUGGUGGACGCUCCCCUCGGCCGGGGAAAUGGCCGCCACGCUGGCCGCCACGCCGGCUCCGAUGUCCCUCCUCCGGCCUCGCUUGGUGGCCGAGCAAUUUGCCGACCCCUCCGCUCCCGGCGAGUGGCCCCCGGGCACGGGGCCUCCCCCAGCCGGGCCGCUGAGCCCCUACCAGGCGGUCCCGGUCGGGGAGGCCGCCCAGCCCACUGCCCUGCACCGGGCUCCGACAGGCUGGCUGGCGGUCAGCUCCUGUGGCUUAUUUGUGGCCGCCGCCAUUGCCCCCUCCCGGGCGGCCGACACCACGUACAUGGGCUUCUGGUGCACCAUCACCGGGACCAUGCUGUCGGGCUGGGGGGCCCUCGGCCUCGGUGACUGGUCGCUGUUGCCCGGCGGCUUCCUGCUCGGGAUCUCCCGAGGUGGCGGCCAGGCAACCGGCAUGGUGCUGGACCGGCUCCCGCCGGCUGGCGGGGCCGUGGGCUCUGUGUGGCGCAUGCGCUUGGCCCAGGGGCCCGGGGUGGAGCCCCGCCUGGGGGGCUUUCUGUGCCCCGGUGGCCGUGCCCUGCCCGGCAUCCUGCCCGGGCUCUGGCCGGACAUGGGGCCCUUGGCCGGUGACCCUGGCGGUGUCUUUGAUCCCGGGGCCCCGUGCGGGGAUUUCCACCUCUUUCCCUAUGCACUGGCAUGCUGUCGGGGGUGCGGGCGCUCCGCACCCGCGGCCAGCCCGCGCCCGGGCAUGUCCCUCCCGCCGCCCCUGCCGCGCAUCCGCCUCAUACAGGCCGGGCCUGCUGGCCUGCCGGGCGCUGACAUGGUCCCGGUACGCGCUUUGCAACUGUGCUCCGUGGCCGAGUCCUCCCCCGAGCAGGAGUAUGAGCGUCAUCUGGCCGCGGGGAACUUCCUCGAGGCCCUUGACCUGGCCGACCGGUAUCGCUUGAGCCGCAGUCGCGUGGUGGUGGCCCGCUUCCGGGCCACGACAGCCGCCCUGGCCGCCGGCUGCCCGGGCGAUCCCGACUCCCGGGGUUCCCUGGCCCAGACGGCCGGCCUGCUGGAGGACUUGGCCGCGCUGGCCUCGGCUGAGCGUGUUGCCCGGCUGGCUCUGGCGGUUCCGCUGGCAUCCUCCACCCUGGUGCGUGCGGUGCUUUGCUAUGCCCGGGAUCGGGUCGAGGGCCAGCUGGCGGCCGAGCUGCCGGCCGACAUCCAAGCUGAUGAUCGCCGCCCCGGGCACCUGGGGCCGAGUCCCUUCUCUCGGGAUCCCGGGCCGCGCAGCUUCGACUGGCUCCUCGGCCGGCCAUGUGGCUGUGGUCAUCCCGCCGGCCGGACCCGACCGGCCAAGCCCGGGGGCCUUGUUCGUGGGCUCCUGCAAGGCGGUGCCACAUGGCUCGGCCUUCAGGCGGCCACGAAGACCGGCGACGCCUGCCCCUCAUGCGGCCAGCAGCCCGGGCCCGAAGCCGCGGGUCUUCGCCAGGUGCUGGCCGCCAUCUCUGCCCAGCCCCCGACCGCGAGCGACGAUGAGGGUCAGGAUGAUGGCGAUCACGACGCGGAAAUCCCUUCGGGCGCUGCCGAUGGCCCGAUGCGCGGGCAGUCGCCCGCCGACGAACAUGCCAAUGGCCAUGAGGACCCCCCUCAAGGCGGCUGCCUGGCCAGCGGCGCGAGUGUCUUCCGAUUGCCCCGGCGUCAGCCCUCAGCCGAGGUGCUCUUGGCCCAUCUGGAUGCGGCGCUCUUCCGAUUGGGUUCCUUCGAACUGUGUCGGCAUGCCCUGGCCGCAUGUGCCUCCGGAGAUGGAGGGGCUUCACUGGCCGAGCUCCAGGCCGCCUUGCAUCCCAGGGGCUCGGCCGAUGCCCAAGCUUGGGCAUGGUUCCGUGGCCGGUCGGUGACGCAAAUCCUGGAUCACCUCCUCAAGGGUGUUGUUCGGCCGGUCGAUCCGCUGUCAGUGCGGGCCGACCAUUCGGCGGUUCUGCUGGAGGCAGCCAUGCUCCUGUGGUCGCGCCAUGUUGCCGCCGACCGUGCCCUGGCCCCGCGGGUUUUUGACAUCCUGGCACGGUUCCCGGCAGCCACCGACGUGGCUGGGCUCCGGGCAGCCGGGGCCGGGGGGCCGGCGGUGCACGAUCCCGGGGCUCUGGCCGCCUGGUUCGGGGCCGAUGUCCUGCCGGCCCUGCUGGACUUCGACCUUCGCUGGCCGGCCCCCGGUCCCGCGGUGCCCAUGCCCGAUGGGGGGCAUGAUUCCGACCACGAGGACCCUCCUGCCGCGGGUGUGCUGCCGGUCGGCCGCGAUGCCACCUUCGAUUUGAUGGACCUCAGGGCCGGCCCGGAGUCCGGGCUGCUGGCGCGUUUCGAGAGUUGGGUCCUCUGCUGGGCCGGGGAGCUUGCCUGUCCGGAGGCGGCGCUCACCUUGCUCCGAUGUGUUGACUUCACCGCGGCCGGGCAGGCGGCGGCGGCGGCGGCGGCCGGGGCCACGGCCGGCCCUGCGCCGGCUUCCAGCCGUCUGACCCAAACCCUGCAAGACUUGGGCUCGCGCGGGCUCCUGGCCCUGACCGGCGCGUCAGGGACCGUGCACUUGGCCUCCCUGCUGCUGGGGCACGAAGGUGCCGGCGUCGGUGGCCCUGCAUCUGUGGGGCCGGCCGCGGCCGGUGCCACCCACCUGGCCCUGCGGUGCCUUCGUGGCCGGCAGGCCCGACUGGCCCGGCUCCGGGCCUGCCGCAAGCGAGCCACCGAGCUUCAAGCCCUCCGCCGGCGUGUGGAGGGUUUCGGCCUGCCCGGGUCCGGAUCGGGCGGCGGAUCAUGGCCUCCGGGGUUGGCCAAUUUGCGCUCCUUCUGCCGGCUCUCGGCCGCCGGGCUGGCACGGCUGCUGGCCGACCUCCUGCUGUCCGCCGGGCGGCCGGCCACCCCGGAGAGGCUGGCCGAUCUUGGCGACCUGCUCCAGCAGCUGGCUCAGUGGCGGUGUGUCCCGGUGGCGGACCUCCUGGCGGCCGUAUGCCUGGAGCCGGGGGAUCCCUCCUCGGGGGGGGUCAUGCCGCACUCGCUUCGGCCGCCCGGCCGGCCGGAUGUCGAGCGUCUGGUCCUGCCUCUGGAAGCCGGGCUGGCCCUGGGCGAGCGGUUCCUUGGCCAGGCGGUGUCCCCGGCCCCGGGUGACUGCCUGGCCGAAACGGUGCGCCUGCGUUUGCUCCUGGCCGCGGUCCUCGCCCAGGAGGGCGAAGACGGCCCCUGGCCCGAGGCCCUCGAUCAGGCCGUGCGUCGGGCCCUGCGCGGGGCCGCUUCGCAAGUGAUGCGCAUCGAAUGCCAGCGCCGGCAGCGGCAUGAGUGGCUCGCUCGCCCGGCCGACCCGGCGGCCCUGGACACCGGGCGCUUCCUCCGGGCGGCCAGCGAUUCCGAGGAUUCCGACUCCGACUGGGCAUUCUCCCCGUCGGACGAGUCCCCGGAGUCCGAGGACUCCGAGGCGCCGGAGGGCUCCGGCCACCUCCUCCAGUCGGAGCAUCUGACCGAGCUGGCGCUCGGCCUGCCGGCCGGCGUCCUGCAUCCGGUCACAUGUCCCCGGGUGGAUGCCCUGUAUCUGCGUCUGCUGGGGGCAUUGGCCGAUCAGGCACGCCUGGCCACGGCGGCGGCCCUCCUUCGGAAGCAUGUUCCCAGCUUGGCCGGGGGUGCCGUGUGCGUGGAAAUGGGCGGCCUGGAUCCCGGCCGGGUGGUGCGCCUGGCCGGGCGCAUCGCCGCCAGCCAAGUGGGCCCCGGCUCGACGGCCGACCUUUGGGCUCGGCUGUCGGAUGCCUUCACCUUCUGCCGGACCCUGGCGGUGUGGCCCGGUCCUGAUGGCGCGGCGACCGAGGCGCUGGCCCGCCCCUCGGCCGAUGGCGAUCCCGGGGUCUGGGCCGGCCUGGUCCAGGCCCAGGCGGCCGGCCUGGUGGACGCCGCAUAUCGAAGGCUCCGGGCCAAUGCCACGGUGUCUGGGAUUCUGCCACAAGUGGAGGCCACCCUGGCCGAAGCGGUGUGUGCCAUUUUACGACACCCCGCACGCGGGGCCGUCAUCGACACCGGGCCGCAGGCCGGCACCCGGGGGCGGCUGCUUCGUCUGGCUGCCCGGCGGGCCGAUCACCAGCACCUUUUGGCCUGGCUCGCGGGGCAGCUGCGGGUGACCCUGGCCGUGCCGGACCUCGUUCACCUGCUGCCGAUGCCGAUGGCCGGCACGACCCCCGGCAGCUGUGCCCCCGAUGCCGACAGUGAGCAUGGUCCCGGAAAUGGCCCGGCCGCACCGAUGCUUCACGACCUGGAGGGGACCUGGUUUGUCUUGGAGUUGGUGGAUGCCUCGGGGGCGGGCCUCUCGGCCGUGGCAUUGUCGGUGCUUGCGCGUGCUCGGCUGUUGGGAGCCUGUGCGGUGGCCGUGGCCGGGCAGCUUCGGCGCACCGAGGCGGCCAUGCUGCAGGCCAUGCAGCCCCCCGCGGACCCGCUGCCCCAGCCGGAUGGCCUGGCGGAUGUCCUGUGGGCCGAUGCGCCAGCCGGGCUGGCCGAGUGGGGUGAUCAGCACCGGCGCCUGGGGGCGGCGCGCGCCGGCGCGCGCGCCUGGGCCGCCAGCCGGCGCCUCCUCCUGGACUUCGGCAUUGUGUCCCUGGCACCGGCGCCAUUUGGCGAGCAGAUGCCCCCCGAGGCAUUGCUAGAUCGGUUCCUGCAUGAGUGCCGGCAGCGUCGCCACCUCCGCCCGGAGGAUCUCCUUGUCGCGGAGCGGGAUUUCUGGGCCGGGGUGGCCGCCGCCACCGGGGCCCGGGCCUGGGCCAGCCAGGCGUCCCCCAAGACGGUCGGCGACGUCGGCCUGCUGGGUGCUUUGCUUCCCCGAAGUCGACUUGCGCCGGAGGACCCGAUCACCGGGCGGUAUUUGGCCCAGGCUCUUGGGCUGCCGGAUGCCGCGCUGCACGAGCGCCUGCUGUUGGGCGGCUUGCUGCUGCCGGAUCCCGAAGCGGCCGCCUCGCUGGUGGCACUGAGCCAGCAGCCGAUCUUCGCCGACCGGUCGGACGAAAUGCUCCCGGUGGUGGGGGCCACGCCAGCCACGGCAUUGGCCGCUGCGGCGCAUGCGGUCACCGGAUCCCCGGGGCUGAUGGCCCGGCCGGCGGUGGUGGACGUGGCCCUCGGCCUGGUCGUGAGGGCCGCGGCGACCGCCAUUCCGAUUGGCUGCCCGGUCGCCGGCGCCCAUGACGCAUGCCCUGCCGGCGCCGAGCCUCGCGGCCACUUGGGGCGCGCUGCGCUUGGCGGGCCCCAUGCCUGCGCCGGCCUGCCGGCUUCGGACCUCUCGGUUGCCCUGGCCACCAUGCGGGUGUUGCACUUCCAGUCCCAAUGUUUGGCGGCCUCGUCGGCGGGUGUGGCCUUUUCCCGCAGCACCAUCGGCCUGGAGGACUCUCCCACCGACUGGUCGGUGCCUGCUUGGGCUUCGCUCUUGGAUUCGGUAACCGCUCCGACCGGCCAGUCGUCGGGCAGCCGGUCGGCCGAGCACCUGGCAAGGUAUACCCACGCCAUUGGGCUCGGCACCGGGCCGCAUCUUGGCACCGGGCCCGAGCAUGGACUGGUGCUGGAUGCCGGAGAGGUGGGACAGCGCGGUGCAGCCGUUGCCCGGUAUCUCCUUUCGGCCGAGGCCAGGCCGAUUGAGGAUCCCCUGCCCGGGGCGCGGCCAUCGCUGCGCGCCCUCGCCGGGGAAGUGUGCACAGCGGCGGUGGUCGCGGCCGCGGCCGCGGCGACGGCCGUGCCCACGACCACCAGGACCAGUGUCGGAAUUGAUGGCAUCCCUCGGGACCCGUUGGACCCGGUGGAUUCGCUGGGGUCCGCCUCGGCCAGGCAGACCGAUGCCCAGCGCAUUGUGGCCCAUUGCCAUGCAUUGAGUGGCCUGCAACAGUUGCUGGCUCUUCUCACCGAGGCACAGCACAUUUGGCUGGCCUGGCGCUUGGGGCACAUGGUGGCCGCGGCGCUGGCGCAUCUCCCGGGCGAGUGGGAAAUGGCCCAGCCGGUGGCCGUGGUGGUGGCUGCGGCGGCGGCGGCCGCGGGGCGGGCCCUCCCCCCGGCGGCACCCUCGCCCCUGGCUCGACUGGGCCGAGAGUUGGCGGCCCUGCACCAACGGUCCAUCCAGCUGUCGGAUGCCCUGGUUUCGGAGUUACUGGCGGUGGAGGGCCCGGGCGCGCCGGAAGGCAUGGGCCCCAGCGCGGCCGGCCGCCUGGACCUGCUCAGCCUGCUGGCGUUCACCCGGACCGGAGGCCACUCGGCGGCGGUGAUUGACAUGCUGGAUGCCGCACGCCGGCUUCCGAGCCGGCAUUUCCAGCUAACUUGGCUGAUGCAGUACCAGAGUUUCCUGCAGCGCUUGAUUCGGACGCCCGUGCGGCCGGUCGGUGCCCUGCAGCCGGACACCGGUCGCCACGCUGCCCCGGUGGCCUUGGCGAGCUCCCCGAAAAAGAGAAGCCCCUCGACCAUGCGGCACUCCCCGCCGGCCGUUCGACGGCCCAGCGUCAGCGCUGCGGCCGAGCAGGCGCUCGAUCCCCCAAAGCCGGGGCUCAUCCAGCCCACCACCCCACGGUCAUCGCCUAUCCAGGAUCUGGCGGCGCUGGCCGCACCGCCGGCCGGCCUGCUGGGGCUUGUCGCACCGGGCACCGCCUGUUUGUCGGUUGCGAUCGAGGGCCAACACGCCCGGCCCGGCACGUCGGCCGCGGCGUGCCUGCUGGAUCGACGUCUGGUGGAUCCAGCCGCGCCGGGCCUGGCCCGGUGGCGUGCCUGGCUGGCUGGGUGGUUUGAUUGGCAGCACCGGCAGCAGCAGCAGCAGCAGCAGCAACAUGAUUCCUCCCAGACGCCGAGUCCCGGGUUCGAUCUGUGGACAGCGCCGGACUUCCAGGGCGAGCGCUUCGCCGAUCCCGAAGCCGGGGCCUAUCGUUUGGACCUUGCUCGGACACUGGUGCUACAGGGAGCGCCCCUUGGGGCGGGGUUCCAGUACCUGGAGCAGAUGCUGCUGCUUGAAGGCCAGCCGCCCCCCCCGCCGAGAGAGGUGGCCGAGCUGGCGGCCUGCGCGUUGGUCCAUCGCCUGCGCACGGCCCCGGUGCACGAUCUGCGGGAGGAUGUGCGUGUCGGCCGGAUGGUGGCCCUGCUGGUCGGCCAGCCGAGCGUGGCGGCCCCACUGGCCCGCGCGCUCAGCCAGCUCACCUCGGCCCUGUACCAAGGCCUCAGCGGUCGGGAGUAUGAUCGCCUGGAGAUGAUGCUUUCGGCGGCCGAGCGCCUGGCAAUUGGCUGCUGGCCGGCACAGCGAACGGCCCUGCUGGCCGAGCGGGCAGCCGCAGCCGCGGCCCCGGGCCCGGGCCCCGGCGAGCAUGGCCCACGCGGCCCGGCUGUCGAUUGUCUGGCCAGUCUGGCCGCCGCCGGCCAGGGAGUGACCGUGCUCCAGGCGCUUCGGGGCUGGCGAGCCCAUUGCCGCCGGGCGGUGGCGGCAGCCGCCGGGCACUUUUCCCUGCCCGGGGAAUCCCCCACCGGGGCCAAGCCCGGCCUCCGGGGCUCGGUGCCGGAGUCCUGGGAUUUGUGUCUCUUCCUCUUCAGUCGCGACCCGUUGGCUUGCCUUCGGCGCGCUCUGGCCGACGGGUCGUCGCUGAUGGCUGGGUCCGAUGUGGCCGAGCACUUUGCCACCCUGGGCCCGACCAUCCGCCAGGCUUGUGUGCACACUCUGCAGGGCCUGCUUGCUGGGACCCUCCCGGCGGCCGGGGAAUUCCGGCCCCCGGGUGUGAGCUCGAGCGUGCCGGAUGACAUGGGUCCCCUGUCGCCCGGGCUGGCCAGUCGUUUGGUGGCGGCGGCUGUGGGGUUCGCCCCGCUGGCGGCCCUGCCCGAAGCCGCGGUCCUGAGUCUGGCCGUGGAAUUGGAGCGCGGGCGGAUUUCCCUGGCCCCGGGCGGCGGCGCCCGAGCUGCCCGGCGAUUGGAGCGGUCACUGCUCGCCUCGGGGCUGGCUCGGUUGGAGGCUCUGGCCCCGGAGCGGGCAGUGGCCCUGAAUGUCCUGUGCGCCUGCUGGGCGCCAUUGUCCGCCCUCCGGGCGCGGCUCUACCGGCGUGCCCUGCGCCUGGCCGGGGCCGUGGCCGCGCCGAGCUUCCUGCCGGAUGCCGGGCCGGACACGGCCGCGUCGCUGGGCGUCAAGCGGCCGUCGCCCCUGUCCCAGGGCGCCGGCGGAGGCUCCGUGGCACUGGACGGCCCCCCGCGACCGGGGGCGUGGUUUGGCCUGCUGAGCCAGAGCACCGGCCGGGCCGCUGCCGCCGCUCAGCAGGCCAAAAUCCGCGCGCCGGCCAUCCUGCAUCACCUCCGGCGGACGCUUGUGCGCGUGCGCGGGGAGUUGCGCCUCGCGCGACUGGGGCUCGGGGACUUCCGGAAGUUUGUCCGCCAUCACCCGGACGCCGGGCCGCGGACCGGGGCCCCGGCCAACAUUGGCCCGGUGCUGGCCGAGGGGGAUCUCUUCCCAAGCCCCGGGCCCCGGGCGGAUGACGACAUUCGCCAGCUGCUGGCUGCCCUGCACCGGGCCUUCGCCGAGUCGCUGCUGCUGCUGGGAUCGGCCACGGCCCCAAGCUGCCGGGGAGAUCCGGCAGCCACCAGCGGGGCGCUGUCCUUCGAUUUCGAGCGCCUGGUCAGCCGCCUGGCUCGGCAUCAUGGCAUCGACCUGCCGGGCUUCCGCGUGGAGCUCCUCGGCCGGUGGGUUCGCGAGCCGGUCGCCACGGUGGAUGGCCUGUCUCCGAGCCAGCUGCUUGGCCUGGCGGUGGCGGCGUUCGAUCGACCUCCGGCCGUGGGACUGGUCGAGGUGGCCACCGAGGCGGCUCACCUCCGGCGCCUGGUCUUCCUGGUGACCACCAUGUACCGGUCGCCCGGAGCCGCGAUCGGGGUCCUGUGCGCGGCGGCCGGGGACCUGCUGGCCGGCGGUCCGGGCAUGGGUGUGGCGCCGAUCAGCGCCUCGGGUGCCGCUGGGGCCACCAGCGCCCCGUUGCAGGCUCGCGCGCUGUUGGCCCUGUGCCUGAGCUGGCGCCUGGUUCCCGAGAGUCGGGUGGCCGGUCCGAGCCCCGGGCGGCUGCUGGCCGCCCUGCGCCUGGCCCUCGGGUCGGCCGACAUGACCAUGUCGCGGUGGCUGCGUCCGGGGCAGGCCCCGCCGAGCCGGUCAGCCCGCGUGGCCCUGGCCCGUCGGGUCUGGUCUCAGCACCAGGAAGGGGACAUUGAAUCGGCCGAGCUGGUUGCCCGGCUGCUGGCCGAUGCAUUGGCCGCCUCGCCCGGCCGGGGGGGCGGCCCGGCCGAUGGCAUGCUGUCGGCCGAGGAGGAGGACAUGGCCGGGGGGCCCGGCCGGGCUGGGCGUUUCACCCUGCUGACCCUGCUGACAGAUUCGCUUUUGUUGUUGGCCGUGUCCGGGCGGCCGGAUUUGCCGGUGGCCGUGGCCCAUAGUUUCGGCCACCUGUGGACGGACUUCCCAUCGGUGCGUGAUCGACUGAUGACCACCAUACAGUCGGCCCUGCUUCCGGAGGGCCCGGGCAUUGGGGCCUUUUUGCUUGGGCGCUGGCCGGCGGCCGGCGCCCCGGUCGCCGGAGCACUGGCCUUCGGACAGGACAGCCCUCCUGCGCGUGGGCUUCUCGGGGCCGGGUUCCUCGCUCUCUCUGGGCCCGGCAUCACACACGGGGACAGUCCGCCAGGGAGCCUGGCGGCCUUUUUGGGGUCACACCUGAACGGUACCGGCGGCCCCGGCAUUUGGACGCUCAUCCACGCACUGAUCCAGGGCGCCGCGCCGAUGGACAGCCUUGCCUUGCUGGGCUUCCAGUCGUCGACCGAGCUCCUGCUCCUGACUGUUGCCCUGGCCACUGGCCGGUAUGUCUCCCUGCCGGGCUUCGUGGCUGGCGUGCGAUCGACCGCCGGGACAUCUGGCGAUCGGCUGGUCCGCCGGGCAGUUCGCCUGCUCGGCGUGUCCGGGCACACGGCCGCCGCCUUUUCCACCCUCAUCGAGGCUCGACAUUAUGAUGGAUGUCUCUGGCUGGCCGGGGCCCUACGCAGCAUCGCCGGCGACCGGCUGCUGGAGUUCAUUGCCGGCAAUCGCACCGGAGCCCACCCCUCGGUGGGUAUGGCCGACACCCCGGAGGAGGUCCUCGAGCAUAUCCUGGCCGCAUGUGGCAUCGGCACACCCUAAUGUGCAACGCCCCCCCCCC